UUAAAAUCUAAACCUCUUGCUAAUGUGUCUAUGUUGAUUUGUUUCUUUACAUCUUGUCUAUUCUGCUUGUUUCUGAAUGCUGUAUUUGUUUGCUGAAUCUCAACAAAUUAGGCUGUUGUUGUAGGCUGUCUAACCACUUGUGAGCUUUAUACAUUUUAAAAAAACAGCCUCUGUGACCGUUGCUCCCAACAAGUCUCAGUACUUCGAGUAUGAAAAGAUGUCUGUGAGCUGUGAGCAGUUCGGAUCUGGUGAAUGGAGGGUGUGGAGAUAUGCUACAAAGGGUUUGCUGUCCCGGUGUGGGGUGGACUGGGGCAGCGAGACGUCCUCCACCUGCGUCAUAAACACAGUCAAACAGUCUGACAGCGGAGUGUACUGGUGUGAAUCGAAACACAGAGAAAGCAGCAACGCCGUCAGUAUCACUGUCAAGACGGGUGGAUCACUGAUCCUGCAGAGUCCUGCCCUCCCUGUGAUGGAGGGAGAUGAUGUCACUCUGUACUGUAAAACAAAGACCUCCAACCCUUCAGCUGAUUUCUAUAAAAAUGACUCCCUCAUCAAGACUGAGCCUACAGGUCAAAUGACCAUCCAACAUGUUUCCAAGUCUGAUGAAGGCCUCUACAAGUGUACCAUCAGCAGUCAUAGAGAGUCUUCACCCAGCUGGCUGCGGAUGAAAGAGGAUUCAGUCCCGGCCACUCUCACAGUGACUCCUGACUCGUCUCAGCUCUUCGAAUAUGAGAGUCUGUCUCUGAGUUGUGGAGAGAACAGCAGCUCCACUGGAUGGGGGGUCAGAAGGGCCGUGGUAACCCCUGACAACAACACUUACGAGAUUUCCAGCUGUGGAGAUAAAUGGGGGACUGUCACCGUCUUUGGCUGCACAAUCCAGACCGCCAAGCAGCCUGACAGCGCCAUCUACUGGUGUGAGUCUGCUGCGAUGCAGCGCAGCAACUCUGCCAGCAUCACUGUUCACGGUGGACCAGUGAUCCUGCAGAAUCCUGUCCUACCUGUGAUGGAGGGAGAUGAUGUCACUCUACACUGUAAAACAAAGACCUCCAACCUCCCAGCUGAUUUCUAUAAAGAUGGCUCCCUCAUCAGAACUGAGCCUGCAGGUCACAUGACCAUCCACCAUGUUUCCAUGUCUGAUGAAGGCCUCUACAAGUGUCACAACAGCAGUCAUGGAGAGUCACCACCCAGCUGGCUGUUUGUCAGAGGUCUGUCUACAGCUGAAGCUUCUCAUCAUUCAUCAUUCAUGCUGAGAAUCAUCAGCUUCGUAGUGGUGUGCUGCCCGUAUUGCAUCUCCACCAUCCUCAUGGUGUCUUCAUAUCGACACAAACCCACAGGAAGACGACCAGCUGUGUCCAUGACAACAUCCCCGCCUCUCGAGGAUGAUGAGGCAGUGGCCUCACAGUAUGAUGAUGUCACCACUGAGCAUCAUUUCUAAGCUAAUGACUGAGUCAAACGAGUCAGUCAUUGUCAUGGUGACCUGUUUUUAAAUUUUGUUUUGCUUGUGUUGUCUUUGUUUUUGUUUGGUUUGUUUUAACUUUUGAUUAGAUUUAAAUUUAGAUUUAGAUCAUAUUAAAUCACAUUAUUCCACCUCUUUGUUCAUCCAUUCUAUAUCUGUUCAAUAUGUUAUUUUUAAAGAUUUAUUUAAACUUACUUAAUGUUCUACAUGUUUUCAUUACUUCGCUACAGUUGUUCCAUAGAUUAACUCCCUUUAUUGUGAUACAAUGAAGUUUUGCAUUUAUCCUAACUAGUUGUUUUUUGAACAUAUAUAUUCCUCUGAAAUCAUAUUUACUUUCCUUCAUUUGAAACUGUCAACUGCUUUCAUUUUAUAAAGGCGAUCUACAUCGCUCAAAUGUUACUGUUGUAUUUUCACAGAUGAUAAAAACAGGUAGUCACAAAGUCAAUCUCCCGAACCAGUAUUAAAAUACCAAAGGCUUUCUCAGAGGCAAGACUUGAGGCCCAAAGCUGAAUUUGUGAUGGUGAGUCAGCGCUGACAUUUGUCUAGUCAAAAGAUCUGUGAGUAAGAUAUACACCUGUCUUCUCAUUCUGUCAGCACAGAUGAUUGGCCGUAGUCUGAGAAAUUUUUUUUUAUCCUCUUCUUUCCUCUUGUCUGCUCGACUUCUCUCCUCUUCCAUCCUGUUUCUCUCAAGACGAGAAAGCUUGUCGAGAUGUUCGGCUGAAUGAAAGCUUCUAAACAGCUAACAGUAACCUUUGGAUACUGUUUGGUAACUGCAGAUCUUUUACUCUAUGAUUUGAAUAGUUUUGAAGUCAAUCAGGUCCUUAAAUUUUAGUGCAUUUGAUGAAGAGUGGGUUUGUUUGUUCUCUGUAAGUGGUUUUAUUAAUGAGUUUUAUGGCUCUUUUUUGAAGGAUGAAGAUUGGAUCUGUGCUUGUUUUGUAUGUGUUCCCCCACACUUCCACACAGUAGGUAAUGUAUGGGAGUAUGAAGGAACAGUACAAGGUGUAAAGUGAUGAUUGAUUUAGGAAAUCUUUGACUUUAUAUAAUAUUGCAGUUGACUUUGAUAGUUUUGCUUCAAUAUAAUUUAUGUGGCUUCCAACAUAAUCUAUUGUCAAUUAUGACUCCAAGAAAUUCGAUUUCAGACCUUUCGAAUUGCAUAUCAUUUAUCAUGAGUUUCUUGCUUGAGUUAGUUGAACGGGUCCCAAAUAAUAUACAUUUUGUUUUGCUUAAAUUUAGUGUCACUUUAUUUGAAUCAAACCAAGUCUUCAGUUUUUUCAGUUAAUUUCCUACAGUAUCCAAAAGUUGUUCCAAGUUAACCCCACAGCAGAGUAAAUUUCUGGAAACCUCACAUAUAUUAUUAAUGUACAAAAUAACCAACAAUGGUCAACACUGAGCCUUGGGCAACCCCACAAUUAACCUUCAGUAGCUGUGAUUUAACAUGAUUAAUAUGCACAUAUUGAGCAAGAGAGUGCUACUCCUUUGAUUCCAUAUUUUUGAAGUUUUAUUAAUAAUAAGUUGUGGUCAACCAUAUCAAAUGCUUUUCUCAGAUCUAGGAAUACUCCUACAGCAUAUUCUUCAUUUUCUAUAGCAGUUGUUAUCUCCUAUUUCAGAGAUUGAUUGUAUACAUAUGUAAUGGGUUUCACCACAUAGUCAAUAACACUUUUAACCAACACAUCUAUGUCAUUCCAGUCUGUAGACUCUGAAAUCCUUUAACAAUCAUCUGUUCCCUUUAAAAACAAUGAUUCUUUUACAUGUACAUUUUUACUUUCCACUUCAUUUCUACUGCUAGUGUUUGCAAUCUCUCCUGCCAAACCAGGGCCAACACCAACAAAAAAUUCAUUAAAUUCAUUUGAAACUAUGGUCAUAUCAUUAAUAGUUUUAUUUGUCUUGGUUAGGAAGUGGUCUGGAUGUCCUGUUUUCCCAGUUCUAUUUUUAAUAAUGUCAUUCAGUACUUUCCAUGUAUUGUUGUUGUCAGUAAAUUACUGUAGUAAUCCCUUUUAGUGCUUCUCAUAAUUCUUGUCAGUUUGUUUUUAUAUGUCUUAUAUUUGUGUUCCGUCUGUUUUGUUCUUUUCUUUAAAAAGUCUUUAUAUAAUAGAUUUUUCUUCUUAAAUGCGUAUAAUAUCCCCUUAGUUAGCCAUGGCUUUUCAGCAGCUUUCUGUUUUACUACUUUCUUUGCAAGAGGACAGCUUUUUUCAUAAAGAGCAGUUAUUAUGGACAAAAAUGUGUCAUAUGCUUCAUCUACAUCUUCCAGAUAGACUUUGUUCCAGUCUUGUAUCAUCAGAUCUUUUUUUCCCCAUCUUGUUUGCCUGGUGUAAUACAUGCGUGGAAGAAAGUUUCAACUGUUGUUAGGUUACCAGCAGCAACAUGGUCGAGCCAGUAUAUGGCCGGGCUACGCUAACUAGUCCAGGCUAGUUAGUGGGCUUGCCGGCCUCUUUUGUUCAAGGACUGAGUUCAAGGUAUAACUAUCCAUCCAGCCGAGAGGAAGGAAUAUAUCCCAAUGCAGACAGUCAGAGGUCCUGCUACACACAGGCAAAGUUUGAUGAAGUGUGUUUGUCCGGUCAUUUUGGUCUGGUCUGCAGCUCUAAGCUAGCUAGGCUAAGCUAACUUGCUGGCUUACCGUCCUUGGGCUUUCAAGUCUGUAGUCUUAAAUCAUUGUCUCAGUCCAGGUGCUGGUCAAAUCCAAGAUAUAUGAAUCAGGUAAUCCAAGAUCCAAAAUCCAAAAGCAGUUGUUUUAUGCAAAACAGUCAAAAGCCGGGAGACACAAAGUACAUACAGUAACAUGAACUGUAAAAUGAACUGUGAAACUGUACAGAAUAAAAACUGCAUUUUUACAAAAGUGACUCUUUGUGAACAUUUCUGACUCGGGUGACUCCUGGUGGUGGAACUGAAAAAAGACACUUAAGAUGUAAUAACCAGCUGUGUUUGUAUUCAAAUAUCAUGAGGACAUAUUUAAUAUCUUGGUAGAAUAUGUCUUCUAAGCAAGUGAGCAGACAGUUAAUUCUUGGUCACAUCAUGUACAGCACAAAACAUGAUUUUUGGUUGAAGACUUGGAAGUCCACAACAAAAUUGGAGUCAGGAGGAAAUGUUACUCAGGUAUCCCAGCAUGCUUCAUAACAUGUGACAACCGAGCACAUUUUCAGAGAGUCUCCUCUGGAGGAUCAGUGGUGGAAAAUAACUCAUUUACUUAAGUACAGU